AUGCCUGUCCGCGGAAUCAAGGCACUCUCCCAUAGCUAUAUUUCACAAAAUAAUUCUGGAAUCCUGUCAGAGACCAACCGUCUGUCUAACACAAACAUCGACCUCAGCGUACACACCAACUUAAAGCUUAAGAGUUCUCUCUCUACUCUCGAGCUCAGAUUUUGUGCAGAGGAAGCAUUAUUGGAGUUUGCAAUGGAAGAAAUGCCGAUGACCUCCCAACUCCUGAUAAGGGAUUCCCCAAAUAGGGAUUAUGCUCUAUUUGAGCCGUCUUCAGAAGUGAUCGAUCCAAACACAGAUUUGCUUUAUACAAAUAUGUUAGAUGCUCAGAUUGAUGCCAUUGAUUUUGCACUGAUGGCUCUGAAUUUCAGAACAAUUAAACAAAAGCCUGGAGAGGAGCUAGAUGUUUAUAUUUUCUCAUUGUUCGAUGAGAACAGGAAGCCUUGUAUGGAAUCUGAGAGGAACCGGCGUUUAUUUUAUCCCGAUCAAACAAAUGUCUAUAAUCUGAAUUUCUCUGGAAAAGGUGUCAAUGCCUUGGAUUGGGCAUGUGGCUCUGGCAAUGUGGACUGUUCUGCCAUUCAGCCUGGUCAACCUUGUUUUGAGUCGGACACUUUUGUCUCCCAGGCAUCUUUUGCGUUCAACAGUUACUACCAGCAAAAUGGGGCCUGUGAUGUUUCUUGCAGUUUUGGAGGUACAGGAGCUAAAGUCGACAAGGAUCCAAGUAUUUAUACAAGUAUCUAG